UCUCUCCACAUGGCUGCCGUGGGUGGUUUUAUAAAGAGUUGAUUAUUCCCUUGUUGGUAAGGAAUGUUUUUCAUAUCUUUUUUCAUUAUUGGAUGAUUCUCUUUUUAUACUGGAUUUGACUCUUCAUCACUGCAUGUGAAUACACACUCUUUGCACAGACGUAAAAAAAAAUAUGGCACCUUAUUUUGGUAUGAGGGGAGGAUGGCUCACAUUCUGGGUCACUGUUGCUUGUGCAACGGAUAUGACUUUGUUCGGUUAUGAUCAAGGUGUUUUUGGUAUGCCUAUCCAUCCCCUUCAUUUUGAACUUUUCUAACCGAGUCUAGGUGGUGUUAUUGUAACCGAAGAUUUCCUCAAUACACUCAAUCUCAACGGCAAGACCGCUCUAGUUGGAACAAUCACCGCUCUAUACGAUAUUGGUUGUUUCGUAGGAGCCAUUGCCGCCGUGGCUUUUGGUGAGAGACUCGGUCGUAAGAAGACCAUUCUCUGGGGAACAACAAUCAUGACCAUUGGAGCAAUUCUCCAAAUCGUCUCAUUCAAUGUCCCAACAAUGAUCGUAGGUAGAAUCGUAGCUGGUAUCGGUAAUGGCAUGAACACAUCCACAGCCCCAGUCUGGCAAUCCGAAACCUCCAAAGCGAGUCUGCGAGGUAAACUCGUCGUCAUCGAAAUGAUUCUCAACAUUGCUGGAUUCUCCCUCAGUAACUGGGUCACAUAUGGAUUUUCCUUCCUUAGCGGUCCCGUGACCUGGAGAUUCCCACUCGCCUUCCAAUUGAUCUUCAUUAUAAUCCUCUACGUUACCGUUCCAUGGCUCCCAGAAUCUCCACGUUGGUUAAUCGCGCAUGGAAGAAUUGACGAAGGUCGUCAAAUCAUUGCUGACCUCGAGGAUAUCGAUCUUCAAGAUGACCGCGUAACCAAUGAUGUAAAUGACAUCAUCUACGCCGUCGAAUACGAAGAAGCACAUGGAGUUUCCUGGUUUGAUCUUCUUCGUGGCCGAACUGGAGAAGCUGGAACAUCAACUAUACGUCGUCUCGUUCUAGGAUGCGGAACCCAAGCCAUGCAACAACUAAGUGGUAUCAACGUCACAUCCUACUAUCUCCCUACUGUCUUGAUCUCCUCGGUCGGUCUCUCAAACACCCUCGCAAGACUUCUCGCUGCUUGCAAUAGUGUAUCCUACCUUGCUGCCUCACUCCUCGCCAUUCCCAACGUUGAGCGCUGGGGAAGAAGAAAUCUCAUGAUGUAUGCAGCGGCCGGUCAAGCAGUCUGUUACCUUUUGAUUACCAUUCUGCUCCGCUUCAACGAAUUAGAAGGGUAUGCCCAUCAAAAAGAAGUCGCUUCAGCCUCCGUCGCAUUUUUCUUUGUGUAUUACCUCUUCUUCGGUUUUGGCUGGCAAGGUGUCCCAUGGCUUUACCCUACCGAAAUCAACUCUCUCUCUAUGCGUACCAAAGGUGCAGCACUCGGUACAGCCACCAAUUGGAUCUUUAAUUUCAUGGUUGUAGAAAUCACACCUAUUGGAAUCGAGUCAUUGAGAUGGAAAUUCUACAUCAUCUGGACGAUUUUCAAUGCGUCAUUUGUACCGAUUGUUUAUUUCUUCUAUCCGGAAACGAGCGAUAGAACAUUGGAGGAUAUUGAUAGACUGUUCAGAGAAAAUGGAAGUGUAUUCGUAUUCAAGGAUGCAGAUGCGAUUAGCAGGAAGAGACCAGCUCGAUACUUCGAGGCGGAGGACAGAAACGCGAGGAAGAUAUUGGGGAACAAGAAAGAUGAGGUUGGAUUUGGAGGCGCGCUGGCGGAACAUGAUGAAGUGGUUGAGUAUUAGGGUAUGGGGUUUAAAAGGAGGGUGUCUCCUGUGGACAGAUAUUAGGAUUGGAGUUUUCUGGUUGGUUAUUAUGAGUUUAUGUGUGCAUGAGAAUAAGCAUGAGCAUGAAUAUGGAGUUGGGAUGGAUCAAUAGCAUCAUGAGCAUUUCUUGGCAGAAUAUGACAGGAAUUUAUGAAUAGAACAAAAUUUAGGAAAUGAACCAUGAGUAAGC